AAUUUGUAUCAAUAUUGAGAAAUUGUCCAUCUUUUGGGCAAUUGAAUACAAUUUGUUUAGUAACAUUAUGGAAAUGAAAUAAAACUGUUCAUCUUCAGUAUCACAAAUUUUUAUCAAAAAUCAUUAAAUGAUCAUAACAUGAGUUAGAAAAAUUGCAUACCUAUGUUUAAACAUAGAAAUCUCCCAAAAGUAACCAUUUACAAGUAAAUUUAGGGAGACAAGCUUGUUCAUCAACUGAAAAAACACCAAUUAUCUUUCUGAAUUUUAUGCCAGAGAACAUGAUUUGAAAUUAUGCACACAACUCUUCCUGUCUUUCCAUCAGUGAUUUUGAUUUACUCUGAUUGUCAGUAAUACCUUAGAAGAUUUUGAUUACUCUGAUUGUCAGUAAUACCUUAGAAGAAGUACAUUUAUUUAUGAGAGUUUCAUGAGCUAAAAGGGGUGAUUUCAAAAAGGAAAAAUAACACUGAAAAUUGACAAUGUUUAAGGCAUUAGACAAAGUGAACUAUAACACACUGAACCUCAACAAACCUAAGGAACCAGUCAAAGAGAUAAUUAAACCAAUUUCAUUGGUACAGAUAAGUUGUCGAGUGAUCAAUAGAUGUGAUGGAUUAACCAAUCAUGCGAUACGUUGUGUACCAAUACACUUAGCAGCAGAUUUACUCAGGGCAGCAAUAGAGAAGGCACAACCUAAUGCUAUCAGUGCUAUCAUAUCAAACUGGCCACAUACAGAAUUAUGUUUUAAGGAUAUAUUACCACCCAAGCAUCAUGAUAUUUUUGAAGAGGAAAUGGGGCAUGAUUUGGUAGUGUUCAGAGGUGUGAUCAACAGAACUAAAUAUUGUAAACUGAAAUCUAUUGACUUCAGAGGACUUAAAUUGAAUGGAACAUUCUGCAAGCUGAUUGUACAGAUGUGGCCUAUUUUGUCAUUAAAGAAAUCACAACAAAAAACAAAGAAUUUAGUGAAAACAAUAGUCAAAAAUGCUGGUGUGAAAAGAAGUCGUUUGACAGAUGAAAUUUUGCCAAAGAUGUUGGAAGAUCUGCUGUGUCAUGAGAUGGUGAAAAAUUCCACAUUCUCUAUAUACAUUCCUAAAGGUGAGAAAAUGACUGUAAAGAUGGACAACUUACAGUUUUCUACAAACAGAACAUUCUUUAUGGACUACCUCAUAUGUAAUGGACUAAGAUCAAUUACACCUUUAUCUAUUUCUGUGUCUAAUAUUUGUAUCAAGUCUGAUUUAAUGAUUGGAGAUGAUGUAAUGGACUGCUUAGCCCCUUUUAUUGUCUUGAGAGGCUUGGAUCCAGAGAACAUUGAAGGAAUCGAGCUGAAGCAACUUGAAGAGGGAAUUUUCUUCCUUGUAGCAUCAGACCUUCAGAAAUUUAAAAACGUUCGUGCAUUAGAUCUUCAGGACUGUAAUAUUUAUUUACAGGAAGGUCGAACGAGAAGUAGAACUGCAUUACGAAAUAAAAUAGUGGAAACUUUAAACUGUUUCCCAAACUUAAUUCGAUUGGAUCUAAGCUUCAAUUACCUUCUUGGUUGUCUUGGUGAGAUAUUAACAGCAUUAAAACAACCCCUGGAAUUUCUCAGUUUAAGGGGCUGUGACUUGAAUGAAAACGACCUGUCAUGUUUGACAAAGUCUCAACAUGCAAAUCACUUAAAGGAACUAAAUUUAAGUAAAGUGUGCCAAUUUUCUAUCUAUGACAAUGAUAGGAUAUCGCCUAUGUUUUUGUUAAAGAUCACAAAACAUUUUUCAAGUGUAAAAAUUCUUAGUCUAGCUCAGAAUCAUUUACCAGAUGCUUCAGUGUCGGAAUUUUGUCAUAUUUUACGCCAUGAUUUGGAAUUCCUUAAAGUUCUAGACAUUGCAGGGAAUAUAUUGACAGAAGAGAAUUUAACGGACAUUACGAAAGCUCUAGCUCACAUCAAAUCGAUGCAGAAAUUCCGUCUGACUUGUACAAACAAUUUAUUAGAAGAUGCUAUGGGACCUCUUGAUGGUGGAAAUAAUCAAGAAGAUCUGAAGAAAAAAUUUUGUGGCGUUCUAUCCUGUCUGGGUCGUGAUGAUAUAAUCGUGGACAUUGUCCGUCUUUCUUAUGCAAUAUUUGUCGACUUGGUUGAUAUAAUGGACCCAGAGUGAAAAAGUCAGUCUGUUCAUAUGCAAUAUUUAUACAGUUGGUUGAUAUAAUGGAACCAGAGCAGAUUAAAUAUGUAAAAGAUAGGUCGGAAUGUAUUGAGAUGUCAUUUCUUAGUAAAUGUGAAUACAACAUUUCGUUUGACAAUGGUGAGGAUGCAAAUAUGGUUUGAUUUGUCAAUAAUAUACAUGUGCAAUUAUUCGAUCUAUUAUAAAGUGAGAAUUUUUGGAUUAUUCACAGUUGACAUUUAUUUGAAAAUAGGACAUUUGACAUGCAGAACCAUCGUUUCUAAUAUGAGGCAGAAAAACAUCGGAAUAAAACAGUGCAAACAAUGUCAGUUGAAUUAGGAGUUUAUAAAUAAUGUUCAACUUUUGGUGCAUUAAAUAUUGUUUUCUUU